UUCUCAGAGGUUUUUCACAGAAGCCCCGCUACUUUCUACUGUCAGCGGGCUAGGACUGAAGCAGUAGGAUGGGGACACAGCGGUACGGGACUCACAGGAGAUCCGCUGGCUUUCUCUACCUUGUAAAGGCAAUUUUGAUUACCGUCACCUCGGCGGGAGCACAGGGGGACACCCAUUUAUCCAACCUUGAUCACAUUAUUGUUGCCAACCGUGGGAUCCGCGUCCCCUUCGGAAGAUCCGUGUCUCUUAACCCAGUGAAGGACCUCGUCAUACAAGUGCAGCCUGGAGAUAAGUGUGUCCUAACUGUGUUAGGCAACGAUCCCCUAUCCCAAAGACCAGGGUUCUUGACUCCAAAGAGGUUCCCCUGCGAUUUUGGCUCUGGGGAGGUAAAAUACACCCACCUGGGAUCCCGUAGCCCUUCCAGCGACAAAGUGAGACUCCAACUAAGGUAUGAUUCGCCUACAGAUACCUUAAUUGUGCCUUUUGUUCUCGAGGUAGAGGUAAUAUUUCAGCAGUUGGAAAUUGUGACCCGAAACCUUCCCUUGGUAGUAGAAAAGCUGCACGGACUCAGCAACCCAAUCGAUAAAAAAAUAUUGGGUUUCUCCUACGAUCAUUCAAAGGAAUCUUGCAAAAUCACACACCUCGUUGGCACAGGAGGACUUCCAAGGUACGGUCAGUUGUUAAACUUUUCUGCUAGCUUACAACGGGGUCUUGAUUGUCACACUUUCACCAACUCGGGAUUGUAUUACAAGCACACUGCCCCACACAACUCACCUAAUAGGGAUUACCUGCCCAUGUUGGUGGAGCUGACUGAUGGAACUGGCCAAGUAAGACAAGAAAACUUCCAUAUCACAGUUAGAAUCAAGGAAGGGACAGAGAACACCCCUCCACGCCCAAGCUUUGUGUCUAUGAUGAUGAUGGAGGUUGAUCAGUUUGUACUAACAGCCCUAACAUCGGAAAUGCUUGCAGCAGAGGAUUUGGAGUCAGAUCCCAGAGACCUUAUAUUUAACCUCACAAGCCCCUUGGACCCAGAGACCUCCGGUUAUCUGAUAAGUACAGAUGAUCAAAAUUCCCCCAUAACUUCGUUUUUUCAGAGUGAUCUAAACGAAUUGAGAAUUGCCUACCAACCCCCUGCAAGUGAGUCCUGGCAGGAGAGGAUCUUACAGCUAGAGAUGCAGGUGAUGGACACUGAUGGUGCAACGUCGGACUCAUUCGCUUUCAUGAUUGUGGUAAAGCCCAUGAACACUUUGGCUCCUCUGGCUACACGUAACGCUGGCCUGUGGCUUCUGGAGGGCCAGUCACGUCCCUUGUCCGGACCAGGGUCCGGCAUGAACAACUUAGUCAUCAGCGAUGAGGACAACCUAGAAGAAGUGAGACUCAAUGUAGUAGGUGGACUUCGGCAUGGGCAACUGUUUUUGGCGCAGGAAGGCUCGGGUACCCGCAGUGGACAGAAUGGCUUCACAUUUACGCCUCAAGAACUCCACGCUGGGUUAGUGGUUUACCAGCAUGAUGGCAGUGACACCUACAGUGACAAUCUCAUCCUCAGACUGGAUGAUGGAAAACACCGAGUGGAACUGCUUUACCCAAUUACAGUGUCCCCAACAGACGACGAGCCUCCUGUGCUUAAUGCAAAUACAGGACUUAGUUUACCCGAGAAGAGCCUUGCCUUGAUCUCACCCUUCAUGCUCAGUUCUACUGAUAUUGAUUCUGAAGAUUCCACUAUUCUGUUUGUGCUACAGGAGCCCCGCAGUAAAUUUGGGCAGAUGGUACUGAGGCAGCCCGAUAAACCUUCAGAUGGAGAAGGAUGGAACUACCUUCAGGAAGAAGGAGUGUAUGAGAAAGUAGUGACUGAGUGGUACCAAAGCGAUAUUCUAGAUGGAAGACUGCACUAUAAACAUGUAGGACAGCACAGUCAUCGAGAUGUACUGGAUAGGGUGCUGUUCGUGGUGCUGGAUGACAAUGAUCCACCUAACCAAUCGGGGUUGCAUGUGUUCACAGUGCGGAUAGAACCUGUUGAUGACAUACCUCCUGAACUGUACAAGGGGACGACCCUUCACAUGACUGUCAAAGAAUACGAGGUAACCCCAUUCAAGAAGCAGUACCUUCGCUACACUGACCAGGAUACUGAUGACAGAGAACUCAAGUACAUCUUACACAGCCACCCUAGGGACACUGAUCUCAAUCACCCUGCUUUGACUGGACACAUUGUACUUAGUGACCACCUGGAUGUUCAGGUGCUGAAUUUUACACAAGCCCAGAUUAAUCAUCACAAAAUCUCUUACAAACCCCCAGAAAGUGAAUUGGGAAUAACUCCAAAAGUGUUGCAGUUUAACUACACCGUAGAAGAUGCUGCAGGUAACUCUGUUCAAGGGACAUUCACUAUCUUUUUACAACCUGUUGACAAUAAACCACCUAUAAUCACGAACACCGGCUUUACUGUUCCAGAAAGGGGCGCAUUCACGCUUAGUAAAUCCGUGCUUGAUGUCACAGAUCCGGAUACAGACACAGAUAACAUAGUAUUCCGUCUGUUUCAAAUACCUGUGCACGGUGAGCUGCAGUUUGAUGGGGCUAUUAUGACUUUGGGAGCUUCAUUUGUGUUGCAUGAUAUAGUCAAAGGCAGAAUAACCUAUGUUCAUAGCGGUGACGAGUCGACCAGUGACUCUUGCUCCUUGGUCGUCACAGAUGGAGUGCAUGAAGUCCCCAUUACGAUCAGAAUAAAUGUUAAGCCAGUAGAUGACGAGGCUCCCACACUGAUGCUUCCAGGAGGUCUUUGGGGAUCCUCAAUUGAAGUUCUAGAGAGGGGAGAAACAGAAAUCACCAGCAAUGUCAUUCAGGGCACAGACCCUGACACCGAUGAUCUAAGGCUCACCUUCAUCAUAGAAGAGCCCCCAACGAAAGGGGAGAUUUUGGUCAAUGGCAUAUCCUCUGAAAGAUUCUCUCAACAAGACAUCUUGAAUGGUGCGGUGGUCUAUGUCCAUACAUCUGGAGAGAUAGGACCGCAGAGACAACAUGACUCAUUCAAUUUAUCAAUUUCUGACCUUUCUGACGAGUGGGUGAGAGGCGGCAACAAGGUGAAAGGAGUUAGAGUUUAUAUCACCAUCUUACCUGUAGAUAGCGAACCCCCAGUGAUAACAUUAGGAGAACAGUUUUCAGUGCUCGAAGGUGGAAAAAACGUUAUUACAACGGAAAACAUAGAUGCCGAAGACGAGGACACGCCUAAAGAUGACAUUCUGUGCACCAUUAUUGUCCAGCCAACUUCAGGCUAUGUGGAAAACAUUUCUCCAGCUCCUGGUUCAGAGAAGUCUAGAUCUGGAACCCCAAUCAGCGCUUUUACUAUAAGAGAUAUCCGUCUAGGUCACAUUUACUAUGUGCAGAGUAUCCACAUUGGAGUAGAACCCUUAGAAGACAGGUUUACUUUCAGGUGUUCUGAUGGAAUCAAUUUCUCCCAGCGCCACUUUUUCUCCUUGUUCAUCAUUCCAACAAAUGAUGAGAAACCAGAAAUCUUCACCCGAGAGUUCAUAGUUAUGGAGGGCAUGAGCUUGGUCAUUGAUACCCCGAUUCUCAAUGCAGCAGAUGCAGACCAGCCCCCAGAUGAUCUGAUCUUUUUUAUUACUAAGCUUCCAGAACAUGGUAGGGUGGUACAACAACAAACCACAGGCAUGGUUCCGGUUCUGAACUUUACUCUGGAGGAUAUCAAAGAGAGCUCUAACAUCGUGUAUGAACAUGACGACUCUGAAACUAAGGAGGACAGUUUCGAGGUUAUGUUAACUGAUGGUGAGCAUAAGGUGGAAAAGAAAAUACUCGUUAUGGUUAUCCCUGUAGAUGAUGAGACCCCAAGAAUGACGAUUAACGAUGGGCUAGAGGUUGAAAUCGGACAAUCGAAAUUAAUUACAAACAAAGUUCUAAAAGCCACAGAUUUGGAUUCAGAUGACAGCACUCUGACUUAUAUAAUUCGUUUUGGUCCAGGACAAGGGCUACUACAGCGUCUAAAUCAAGAUGGAAUCGUUUUAGGUAAUAUCACAGUUGGUAUGAAUUUUACACAGGACGACAUUGAUAAGGAUCUGAUCCAGUAUACUCAUACGGGGCAAGAAGGUAUACGUGACCUAAUCAAGUUUGAUAUUACUGAUGGGACAAACCCAUUUAUUGACAGAUACUUCUAUAUUAGCAUUGGCAGUAUUGACAUUGUUUUUCCAGAAGUCAUCAACAAAGGUGUUACUCUUAAGGAAGGUGGAAGGGUGACAUUAACUACAGACCUUCUCAGCACAAGUGACAUCAACAGCCCUGAUGAAAAUCUGAGAUUCAGUAUCACAAGGGCACCCAGCCGUGGACAUUUAGAGAGCACAGACGAGCCUGGGGUUCCCAUAACAUCCUUCACUCAACUUCAACUGGCUGGCAAUAAGGUUUAUUAUAUUCACACCUCUGAAGAUGAGAUGAAGAUGGACAGUUUUGAGUUUGAAGUUACAGAUGGCUAUAAUCCCGUGUUCCGUACUUUCAGAAUCUCAAUAACAGAUGUGGAUAACAAGAAGCCAGUCCUUACAGUACAUGGUUUAGUGGUCAAUGAAGGCCAAAAUAAACUUAUCACCCCAUUUGAGCUAAGUGUAGAGGACAGGGAUACAAGUGACAACUUGCUUCGUUUUACUGUCACCCAACUACCAGUUCAUGGACAAAUUUUGUUCAAUAACAGUCAUCAGGUAACCACAUUCACCAAGCAAGACUUAAAUGAGAAUUUAAUCAGCUACAAGCAUGAUGGCAGUGAGACUUCUGAAGAUAGUUUCUCCUUUACUGUCACAGAUGGCACACACUCUGGGUUUUAUGUGCUGCCUCAUGCCACUCAAGAGACAAGAAAACCACAAAUGAUGAAGAUCAGCAUAAAUUCUAUGGAUAAUGGAAUACCUCAGAUUAUUGUUAACAAGGGAGUCCCUACUUUGAGAAGCCUUCAGUCUGGGCAUUUGGGAUUUAUGAUUACCAACAAGUUGUUAAAAGCAGAAGAUCGAGACAGUCCCAAUAAACUGCUGAAAUACAGAAUAACAGACGGCCCAAAGCAUGGGUUUAUUUUUAACAUGGCUCAAGGCAAUGACUCUAUCAGGACAUUCACACAAGGUGAUAUUGACGAUGCAAAGAUUUGCUAUGUUCUGAAAGACCAGGAAAAUGCUACCAGUGAUAUAUUCCAGUUUUCAAUUGAAGACAGUGGAGGCAAUAGAUUAAGGAGUCAGCCAUUUCGUCUCAACUGGGCUUGGAUUUCUCUGGAGAGAGGUUAUUACACUGUAGAUGAAGACUCAAAGUUCCUAGAAGUCACUCUUAGACGCAGGGGAUACCUUGGAGAAACAUCUUUUGUCAGUAUAACCACCAAUGAUGGCACAGCUGUCAAAGAUAAAGACUUUAAAGGAAAAGCUCAGAAGCAGGUCCAGUUCAACCCCGGGCAGACAACAGCUACAUGGAAAGUUAGGAUAAUAGCAGAUGAUGAGUAUGAAAACUUGGAGACCUUUCAGAUAGUUUUAUCUGAUCCUGUAAUGUCUGCAUUAGAGUCCCCUAAAGAGGCAAGCGUUGACAUUGUGGACCCUGGUGACGAAUCAACUGUAUAUAUUCCACAAGCAGAAUAUAAAAUUAACGAAGAUAUCGGUGAACUGUUAAUCCCUAUUAGAAGAUCUGGAGAUAUUAGAGAAGAACUCAUGGUUGUGUGCUCAACACAUCAAGGUUCUGCCACUGGGACUAUUCCUUCUUCAGUAUUGUCUUACUCUGAUUACAUUACUCGCCCAGAUGAUCACACCAGCAUCAUUCGGUUUGACAAAGAUGAAACUGAAAAAAACUGUCGUAUUCUUAUCAUUGACGACUCCCUAUAUGAGGAAGAUGAGACAUUUAAUGUCACACUAAGUAUGCCCAUGGGUGGUAGAGUAGGAUCUGAGUUCUCCAGUGCAAAAGUGGUCAUUUUGGCUGACACUGAUGAUGAACCUGCUUUCUAUUUUGCUGACACUGAUUACUAUGUUGAUGAAAGUGCUGGUUAUGUGGAGGUUCUGGUAUGGAGAACGGGAACUGACCUUUCCAAAGCAGCCACGGUGACUGUCCGUUCCAGGAAAACAGAGACACUGUCUGCUGAAGCGGGAACGGAUUAUGUGGGAAUUAGUAGAAAUCUAGACUUUGCUCCUGGUGUAAAUAUGCAGAGCUUCCGGGUGACCAUUCUAGACGACUUGGGGCAACCUGCUUUAGAAGGCCUUGAAAAGUUUGAAUUAGUUCUUCGGAUGCCCAUGAAUGCAGUGCUAGGGGAGCCUAGUAAAACAACUGUCACCAUCAACGAUACUGUUUCUGACUUACCAAAGGUCCAGUUCAAGGAGGCUAUAUAUAAGGUGAAUGAGAAGGAUGGCCAAGUAUCUGCUGUCAUAUACAGAAGUGGUGAUGUCAACCAUAAGUCUACAGUCCGAUGCUACACUCGACAAGGCUCAGCUCAGGUCACACUGGAUUAUGAAGAAAGACCAAACACAGAUGAUUCUCUGGUGGUCUUUCUGCCAGGUGAGAUCGAAAAGCCAUGUGUGGUGACCCUGGAAGAUGAUACAAUUUAUGAAGAAGAAGAAGAGUUCAGGUUGAUUCUCGGAUCACCAAAAAGUAACUCGCCUUUCGGUGCUUUAGUUGGAGAACAAAAAGAAACUGUAGUGAAGAUUAAAGAUUUGGAGGACAAACCCAUUAUCAAGUUUUCAGAAAUGAAAUAUAAUAUCCAAGAGCCACAGGAAGUGGGAGAAAUUGCUGUGGUGAAGAUCGCUAUACUACGCCUAGGAGACAGUUCCAAGGUUUCGAUUGUACGAAUUCACACAAAGGAUGGUUCAGCAACUUCAGGAGAAGACUAUAACCCACUUUCUGAAGACAUUGAAUUUAAAGAAGGAGAAACUGAACACUUUGUUGAAGUUGAAAUAUUAUAUGAUGGUAAAAGGGAAAUGCGUGAAGCCUUUACAGUUCAUUUGAAGCCUGACGAGAAUAUGGUAGCAGAAACACAGAUGAAUAAGGCCAUUGUGUAUAUUGAAGAAAUGGACAGUGUUGCUGAUGUGACGUUUCCAGCUGUACCCCAAGUUGUGUCACUUUUGAUAUAUGAUGAUACUGCUAAAGCUAAAGAGAACCCCCAUCCACUAACUGGAUACCCUGUUGUGUGUGUAACGGCGUGCAACCCAAAGUAUGCUGACUUUGAUAAAACAGGCUCCAUCUGUGCCGCCGAGAAUAUUAAUGAUACACUCACUCAGUAUCGCUGGCUGGUCAGUGCUCCAAGUGGCAGUGAUGGAGUCACCAGCCCCAUGCGUGAAGUUGACUCCAACACCUUUUUCACAGACACUAAGUCAAUAACAUUAGACUCCAUCUACUUCCAUGCUGGGUCAAGGAUUCAAUGUGCAGCCAGAGCCGUCAAUGCCAAUGGAGACACUGGAUUGGAGCUACUAAGUCCUAUUACUACCAUAAGUAGAGAAGAAGGUCUUUGCCAGCCUCGUGUACCUGGAACAGUGGGCGCUGAACCUUUUUCUGCAAAAAUCCGUUACACCGGACCUGAUGAUUCUGAUUAUCCCAAUCUGAUAAAGUUGACAGUUACUAUGCCCCAUAUGGAUGGUAUGCUUCCAGUUGUGUCAACCAGGCAUAUGUCAAAUUUUGAAUUGACUCUUAGCCCAGAUGGUACCAGAGUGGGCAACCAUAAGUGUUCCAAUCUCUUGGAUUAUAAUGAGAUCCCAACCAAGCAUGGGUUCAUUGAGGAGAACACCAAGAAUGUUGAAAUGAUUGGGGAAACCUCUCCAUACCAAUUCAGUGCUGCUCUAAGAUCUGCUCGAACCCUUCGCUUCUAUCGCAACCUCAACUUAGAGGCCUGUCUGUGGGAAUUCAACAGUUACUAUGAUAUGUCAGAACUUUUGACAGAAUGCAGUGGAAGUAUUGGCACAGAUGGUCAAGUGCUAAACUUGGUUCAGUCUUACGUCACACUGAGAGUGCCUCUCUACGUGUCCUAUGUCUUCCACUCGCCGGCAGCAGUAGGCGGCUGGCAGCACUUUGACCUGCAGUCGGAGCUAAGGUUGACCUUUGUGUACGAUACUGCCAUCUUAUGGAAUGAAGGAAUCGGCAGCCCACCAGAGUCUGAGCUGCAGGGAUCUCUUUAUCCCACCAGCAUGAGGAUUAAUGAAGAAGGACGUUUGGUUGUGAAUUUUAAGACUGAGAUCCGUUUCCGUGGGCAGUUUGUCGUGUCUCACCCAGGUACUUCUCUGUCAUCCAUGGUAAUGUGUGCUGAUCACCCCGAACUCACGUUCACAUUGAGUCUUCUCCGUAGUGAGCCAAGCUUUGGACAGCCUGUUCAGCAGUGGAGCUUUGUCUCAGACUAUGCUAUACGUGACUAUUCAGGAACAUACACGGUGAAGCUUGUCCCAUGCAUGGCCUCUCCUAACCAGGAAUACACUGUACCCAUAAUAUGCAAUCCACGGGAGCCUAUUACUUUUGAUAUAGAUAUUAGGUUCCAACAGGUUAGUGAUCCUGUUGCAGCAGAGUUUAGCCUAAACACGCAAAUGUUCUUGCUGUCAAAGAAGGAGUUGUGGCUUUCUGAUGGCUCAAUGGGAUUUGGUGAAGGAACAGAUAUUGCAUUUUCUGAAGGUUCUACAAUCUAUGGACGAGUCAUGGUGGACCCUGUUCAAAACCUUGGCGAUUCUUUCAUCUGCAACAUUGAAAAAGUAUUUCUUUGCACUGGAGCUGAUGGAUACGUCCCCAAAUACAACCCGGAUAAAAAUGAGUACGGGUGCCUUGCAGACUCGCCAACUUUAACAUAUCAAUUUAAAAUACUGGACAAAGCACAGCCAGAAACUCAAGCCAGGCUCUUUGGAAAUGUUCCAUUUAAUGCCAGAUUAGCCAUUGAUAGCCCAGAUGCUCUGCCACUGGUAAAGCAACCAGGCUCCGAUGGAUUCAGUAUCUCAUCUGCUGCAUUAUUCCAGGUGGCAGCAGGACGUGAGUGGUUCAUUCACACCAUUUACACAGUCCGUUCUAGAGAGAAUGCAAACAGGGGCAUUGGAAAGCGCAGUGUGGAUUACCAUCAUGCCCUGAGUGGAGCUGUUGGUCAUCAUGAUCAACCUGUAAUGAAGAGAACCCGAAGAGCAAACCCAGAGGCUUCAAUUCUUAUACAAGACAUCGGAGCUGAUAAAAAUAGGGGGACCAACAUCCAGCAUAUUACUCUGGAACACUCCAGUAAAAUGCUGGGUAGCCACAGGGACUCUUUUCCUGCUGGAGGCCAGUAUGAAAAGCCAGCUUUGGAAGUCACUGGCCAAGGUUCACAGGGAAACUUGCUGCCUGUCAUUGGAGGCACAAGUGCUUUGCUGCUGCUUAUCUGCACUAUGGCUGUUGUUGUUUUUCUCCUGAAGCGUAGAGGACACUCGUACACGGAGAAAAAGUCUCCAUCCAGCAGUCACCGCAAUAGCAAUGAAACUGUGACCACUCGACAUAGUAGCAGCGACAGCUCUGAAGUGUAAAACCUUAAGCAAAUCUUCUAUUGCACAUCAAAUUGAUUGGUGCUUACUUUUUUUUUUAAAUGUGUUGUCCGGUCAUUUCAUAAAUAUUUGCCAGCCUUUUUUUUUUUUUAAAAGGGAGGGUUCUGUGCAAAAAAAAUUAUUUUGGUGAUGUUUCAAUUUGCAACUGUGAUGAUAUAAAAACCACCAGAAAUCAUCCUUAGUCUACUAUAAAUGAAUAAAGAUACCUAAUAAUUAGUUUGCUGUGGAAAGGAUAUGAUAACUAUAAUACAAUUGCUUUCUUUACAGAACAGCAACUUUA